CUGUAAGGCUAUGACAAUUAUUUGGACAUUUUGUCAUACGAUCUGCUUUUCAGCCUUCAAAAAGCAAUUUUACAAAGAGAGCUCUUUGAGCUAUUUUACUUGUGUUGAUUUCAUACACAUCAUAGCAUUAUUUGUAGAUUAAAAGGUCAAUUGAGAUUGGAAGAUUAUGUGUUAAAAAUUGGACAUUGCAAAAAGUAAGUAAUAUGUAAUAAAAAGAAUUACUAAAUAAAUAUAGUGAUGUGAUAUUUUGAGGACAUAGACACAUUAAAAAGUCGUUAACCAUGCCCUAUAUGAAAACUUUAUGGCCAGUCAAACAGAUAUUUCAAUGGAGUGUGUUGGUUUGUUUGUUUUUCUUUGUCUGCUUGUUUACUUGCUCAUUUGCCAUAUUGAUAAAAGUACUUUGAAAAAUAAAAAUAUACCUUUUUUACUUGUAUUUGAUGUGCUUUUCAAUUGUUUUCAUUUAAAUGAUAUCCAGCUAAUCACCAUGACAACCAGCUUACCAAGAUUAACUCCUAGCUGCACACCAAGAUCUGUCUCUGCUGCAGCCAGCUAUGGACCCUAUCCCCCUCGGGAACUAACAUCCACCUGGAAUCAGAUGAAAUUCCCAAAUAAGAUUAAUGUCUUAGCACCACCGCCACCCAGGAAAAGAAUAAAUACAAGCUGGGAGACAACACCUCAACACUGGCACAAUGACAGACGUAGGUUACUGAUGCAACAGAAAGAACAUGAGAGAUACCAUUCUGCAUGGUCUAAACCUUUUUAUGGUCCACCUGCAGAUAAAGAAGCCUACAGGUAAUUUGAUUUUAAAUAAGUAAACAAUGUUGGGUUUUACAGAGGAAAACUGUGCACCUCUGUUUAGUUUAUGCAGAUGAAGUUUUAAAAGGAACAUUGCCAUUAUGAUUCGGGUCACAUUUAUCAAAAUUUGCACUGCACAUGGGUAAUUAAUUCUUUUAAGAUUAUUUAAAUUGUCUUGUUUUUUUGUUUUAAAGUUAACUGGUAAACAAAAGAGCUUAUAUUAUGAACUUGGUUAAUAUUUGAAAAUUGAAAUAGCAGUUACUUUUACGAAAACUUAAUUUAAAAUGAAAAUCUAAAAGCCUCAAUACAAUUUUGCAUUGAUGCACAAAAUAUCAAAUUCGGCAUAUCAUGUUAAUUGUUUAUAUAUUAUCAUCUUGCAGGCGACAUUUUCGGGAAGUUCUAAAGAAACAAAUGGAAGAUGCUGAUACCAAGAAACGAGUUGAAUUUCAAGCUAAGCUUCAUGAAAGUGAAGCUGUUGUUGAAUAUGAUAAACAAUGCAAGAUACAAGAUUUUCAAGAUGUAGUGAAAAAAUAUAAUUAUCUCAAACAUUUCAGAGAUGAAAACAAAAGUGUGAGUAUUUAUGUAUCCAAUCAAGCAUGUCAGUUGUGCCAUGUUAUGUUUAUGUGGGCAGGCUGUGCUUUUUACAUUACGACCAAGGACUAAUUAAUUCCCGAGCUGAAGUAAAUCUCUAAACAGCUUUUCAAAUUUAAGCAAUUUUUUAUGAAAAAUUUUACCAGACACAGGAAAAAUAUUAAAUGCAUUUGCAGUUAUUAGAUUUUUUAAUUUUUUUUUUUUGCAUUAAAUGCCAAACUAAUUCCUCUUUAUUUGCGUGGAUUUUGAUGUUUAUAAAGUUUAAUAUAAUAUUUCAAAUCUACAGCCAAACUAUGUUAUUUUACAUAUAAUUUAAAUUCUAUUGCCAAUUUUUUUUUCUUAUUUGUUUACUCUGAUGCAACAUUAUGAGCACUCAACAGCUUAUUUCUAAUUCCCUUGAUAUUUUUAUAUUUUUUACAGUUUAUGGAAGAAUCAUGGGAAAAGUCUCGUUUCAACAAGGUGGUGACUGACAGAUAUGACAGAGAGAUUUUAAGAUACAAUCCAAUAAAUUGGAGUGGAACACUGUCAUAACAGCUAGAUCCAUUAGUAAAAGAUUUUUUUAUCUCUACCGAAUGGAUCGUCUUGUGAAUAAGACUGAAUUUGGAGAAUAUUAUGCUAUGAUAACACGUGAGUUGAUGUAAAUUCUGUCCCUGUACUACAUUGAAUACACUUAAAUUACCCAAUGGGUUUUAAAUUUAAAGUGAUUCAGGGUCGGUCAUAAAUUAUGAUUAUAAGGAAGCUAAGAAUUACAAAGCGGAAGAACAUCCCAUAAAAAAUAAUAUUGAUGUUAAUUAACUUAUCUUUAACUUUGACUUAUCGUUUUUCCAGCUUUGUUCAGAGGCAAAUCAAAUAAAUUUAGAACUUUUUGCUAAAAGUUAGUUUAUAAAAACAUUAGAUAACAAAAUUUUCAAAAUAUUUUUAAAUUUCAUGUAGAUUAGUUGAGUCAAAAUAACAGGGUAAAAAAAUGCUGAAAAAAGUGUUCUUUUGUCCACGUGUGUGAUUGGGCAUUUUACCUGAGAUUUUUAAGCUGGACCUUGUGCACUUUGUUUAUAAUGGCUAGAUAUCCCUAGACCUUAUCCUAUAUUAAACUUAUUCUAGCACUUAGUGAAGCACUAGCACUUGGAAGCCAGCAUGGUCCUUAUAAUAAACCAUAUAGUAUUUGCACUUUCAACCGCAAAGUAUUUUAUUACCAAUGUACAAAUCUAUUCCUUGUUAUUUUAUGUUAUUGUAACUUUAUUUUCUGUAACAAACACAAAUACUUGGAUGCACUUCUUUUUAAACUUAAUGUUUUAAAUCACAGUAGCUUAUUUUCGUACUAAAUCAUAAUUAGAUCAAUCAGUUAAAGCUUUUAUGAUGUCUUAACCUUAUUACAAAAUAUUAAUAUAAUUAAUUUGGGGGGGGGGGGAAUUGUUACUACAUUUCUUUUCAAAGCAUAAACAUAAUAUUGAUUAUUGUAAUUAGGACAUGCAUGAGUAUUUAUUUGACAUUUAGCUGGUGCUGCUAUAAUUUUAUUCAACACUAAUUUUAUUUGUGUCAGUACAGUAUUAUUUUUCCAUCUAUAUGUAACAAUUAUUUCUAAAUGUUAUAUUUACACAGCAUUUUAGCUAAACUUAUUAUAAUGAAAUAACUAAUUACUUAAUCACAUAAAACACAGGACUAAUGUGAUAGUGAUUUGAAUUGAUCAAAGAUAGGGCCUACAUUUUCAACUUUGAAUUUUUAUGAGUAAAAAACGUUACUUAUUUUGAGUGGAAAUAAAAAAAAGAAAAAAGAGUCUGAUUUGUAUCUACUUCAAGUAUACUUUGUAUUUAUCAUCAAAUACCAGAUGUCUCUCGUCACUUGAUUGUAUCAUUUGUGUGAACUCCCAGUAUUGUUUUAUUUAAGGUCAUAAAUCUGAUCAUUUUUAACAAAAAGACACUAUUCUUAUAUAAGUUGGUGGAUUUUGAUGUGAUUUGUGUACCAGAAGAGUUACUUAUGCUUAGUCUUUUAUUGUCUGCCUUACAACCAUGUGCAUUGCUCACUCAUUUUUCUUUUCUAUGUUAUAUCUGAUUCCUCGUAUUUAUAGUUAAGUAUAAUCAGAAAAUGUGUGCUCCAUUAAAAACAAACUUUAAUUACAUUAAAUAGUGAAUAGAUUUAGGGUUUUACUAAAGAAUUGUGAGGAAAAAGUGUCAUCUGAGAAUUUAAAGUGCAUGUCUCUGUUGUUGGUAACACUGGACAUGUGUCCAUCAUUAAAUUUCAUUGAAUUCAACAGAAUAUGUGAUAUGUAUUAAUGUAGUAAUUACUCAUCUUAAUUCACUACUGUACAACUAGAAGCUUACUGGCCUUGGCAUAAAUGAGAAUUUAUUAAAAAAAUUUGACUCUUUAUUGAAAAAUAUUAUGCAAUACUGUCUUGAGAAAGAAUGCCUUUUUAAACCUGAAGUUAUUUGCGUACUGGUACUAUAUAAAUAUUAAAUAACUGAAGCUUUUAAUCUUGACAGAUUACUUUAAUAUACACUUCAGUAUGUUUUGAUUUAUUCAAAGUGUCAUGCUCAGUUUUAAAAAAAAUUGUUUCAUGUAAAUAUUUUGUUAUAAUUCCACAUUUUUGUUUUCUCAGUGAGACAUUUGCUCUUUAAUUUGUGCUUUCAUUUGGUCUGUGAUAUCAUUGGUGUGCUUCAAGGGAUAAUAAAGCAAGAUAAAAACU